UGGCAUGCUUCCACGGAAGAAGCGCAGCGCCUCGAGGCGCCGCGCGAGAUCCAAGUUCUCCGGACGAUUCAGACCACGUUCAACCCCGCCGAGCCCGGUCUUCCCUGUUACAUCACCGAGCUGUACGGGCACGAGUACAUUCGUUCCAACCACCCAGACCACGACGGGCGGCCAAGAUACCACUCCGUCUCGUACUGGAAGCUGUACAACGGAAGGUCCGUCUACACGCGUUGGCUGUCGGGCCAGGUAAACCCUCCGGUCGUUGCGUGUGCCCGCAUGGUGCGGCAGGUCCUCAGCACGCUCCACUACCUGUACACGGCCGGGCCCGAGCCCAUUUUCAAUGGAGACUCGCAUUUUGGGAACAUAUGGGCGCACUGGACGGCCGAGGAGCCGCUGCCGGACUUUUACCUGGGCGACUUCUCUGAGGCCACGCUCGCCGAA